AUGGAACCAACUGCAGGUGAGGGCGAUCAGUGCAUGAUCGGCAUGCAAAGGGUCCGGGGCGCGUUGCUGCGCUGGUGCUGGUGCUGGUGCUGCUGUACAAGUACUUGGACACGCGCCGCCGCCGACUACGUGGAUGGCAAAAGAUGCCCUCGCUGGGAAGAGGCUGCAAGAAUCAAUAGGCCCAGAGGGGGGGAGGAGACGGCGUCCGAUGUUAAAUUACACAUGGGCGCCUUGAGGCGAAUAAGACGUGCCCACGGUCCUCUCAGUCUUCAGGGUGUCUUCACCGUCGCCUCAAGGGUGCGAUGGCAGAGGCCACGCGCUAGUCCUCUUUGGGAGAUUGGCGAACCUUACCUCCUCCUCCUCCCCCUCCCCCUCCUUCUCCUAUGUCUAAGACUGCCCCCCCAACCCCCCGCCAACGUCUGCCUCUUGGGCCUGACCCCGUCUCACAUCGUGAAAUGCACACAAACACGCCUUAAUUGA